AAAUAAAGAAGGGGAAGAGCACGCGCCGCCGCCAGCACCGCGUCCGCCAUGGCCGCCUCCUCCCGCCGCGCGUCUCAAUUGCUGGGGUCCGCGGCCUCCCGCCUCCUCCUCGGGCGGGGCUUCGCCGCGGCAGCCGCCGCGGCGCCCUCGCCGGCGGUCUUCGUCGACAAGAGCACCCGUGUGAUCUGCCAGGGCAUCACGGGGAAGAACGGCACCUUCCACACCGAGCAGGCCAUCGAGUACGGCACCAACAUGGUUGGUGGAGUGACUCCCAAGAAAGGUGGAACUGAACAUUUAGGGCUCCCAGUGUUUAACUCUGUAGCAGAAGCUAAGGCUGAAACAAAAGCCAAUGCAUCUGUUAUAUAUGUUCCACCACCAUUUGCUGCCGCCGCUAUAAUGGAGGCAAUGGAGGCUGAGCUCGACCUUGUUGUCUGCAUUACGGAAGGAAUUCCCCAGCAUGACAUGGUGAAAGUGAAGGCUGCACUAAAUAGACAAUCUAAAACUCGAUUGAUUGGGCCAAAUUGCCCUGGUAUCAUUAAGCCUGGUGAGUGUAAAAUUGGAAUCAUGCCAGGUUACAUCCACAAGCCUGGGCGUAUUGGGAUUGUAUCUCGUUCUGGUACCUUGACAUAUGAAGCGGUGUUUCAAACAACAGCUGUAGGCUUGGGGCAGUCAACUUGUGUAGGCAUUGGUGGUGACCCAUUCAAUGGCACAAAUUUUGUUGAUUGCCUUGAAAAAUUUGUCGAUGACCCUCAGACAGAAGGCAUUGUUCUCAUCGGUGAAAUUGGAGGUACGGCUGAGGAGGAUGCUGCAACGUUCAUCCAGGAAAGCAAAACACAAAAGCCUGUUGUUGCAUUCAUUGCUGGACUUACGGCACCCCCAGGCCGUCGCAUGGGUCAUGCUGGAGCUAUCGUGGCAGGAGGAAAGGGUACUGCCCAGGACAAAAUCAAGGCACUCAGAGAGGCUGGUGUUACCGUUGUCGAGUCACCAGCGAAGAUUGGUUCUACCAUGUUUGAAAUCUUCAAACAGCGUGGAAUGGUAGAAUAGACACAGUGGUACAGUAGAGAGACAUUGAGAAACCGCUUUUUGAUGCUUGCGGGCAAUCGCGAGCAAUUCCUCGGUAGAUCCUUCUCCCUGGCCACAAACAAAACUACUGAGGUUUUCUUUUCGUACUUGUCUUAUCUUUGGAAGAUGUCCUGGCCUUCUUCACUUGGAUAACCUUUCGCUGAGCUCAUUUCAAUAAGACGUUUCGGAGCCAUGGAAAUGCUAUGUCGCUUGGAGUCAAUGUGGAUGCCUAAUUUCAAAUUUUUAUUCUUCAUACAUUUCAUUCUAGGUUUACUUUUCUGUUUGCUUGUAUUAUAUUAUCAGCGCUACAUUGCCCACACAGCUGUGGAAGAUUGCUUUGCUUGUGUC